GUUGGAAAAUCAUUGCCGGCGUCAAGGAUGCUCCUCUCUCACAUCGCUUGCAGCCGCACGCAGUGCAAUCUGACAUUCUUUCACGCGUUACGGAAUUACGAAAUUUCACGAUGCCUCUGCAACGAUUCCUUUGUUUUGAACUACGCAUCGGCAUUUUGGCCUUUGCUGUUUUUCAUUUGAUUCUUCUGUGUUUUGGAACAGUUGCGCAGUUUUUUCUGAGCUUAUACGAAUCUGAUCCGGAAAAAGCAGCUGAAGAGACUAUUUCCCUUGGUGCUGAUGUGGUUGCAUUAUUAAUUUACAUUUGUUUAGCCUACGGUGCUCACAAAGAAAGACGUGGGUUUCUUUUGCCAUUUUUGAUCCUAACUGCAAUUUUGUCUGCAUUCCUAACAUUAAUUUGUAUUAUCUACGUGAUUUACGCUCCAGUACUGCUACUUGUCUUGGUAUUAUUAGGCUUCCAUUGGUAUUAUUGGUAUGCAGUACUGAGUCUAUAUCAGAUGCUGGAUCCACGCAACCCGAAUUACACCCCACAACAAACGUCAUCUACUGUUGUCUACGUAGAAGAAGAAAAACCACCUGUUUAUUAUGAGAGAAACGUGGCGGAUGUAUAAACACUAAAAAAACGUGUUAUAAACAAAUUUAUAUAAAGUUACCAGUUGCCAAGCGCGAAAAACUAUUUGUUAACAUACUAACAAACUAACUGAAUCUAAAUAAUUAUGUAGAUUAUUUAAUUAUAUCUAAUUAUCAAUAAUAAAUGUAUUUAUCGAUGAUCCAACGCCAUCUGCCGGCCUAAAUGCGAUGUAUAUUGAGUAGCCUACCAUAAAAUUAACUUUCAUAGUAAAUAAGCAUGUUUUACAUUAACUACUAAUUAAUUACAUAAUUUAAACUGGUCGUAGAGUUCGCAGUUCAAAAUUCGACUGCAUAAGUUCACAGGCGUCACAAAAAAACGUUGAAAACGUUAUCGGUGUGGUCAUCAAACUUUUCACUAUAAACAAAUUUCAACUAAUUUAAUUUAUCUGUCACUCGCGACACUGAUGAAUGAUCGUUUUCAUUUCAUUUCAUUCCUCAUCUUUGACUCGGCUAUUUUUAGCUCAUCGCAAACACAGCGUUCGUAAGCAAACAGAAAAAAAUUAGAUAACCAAGUAUUUAUAACGUCUAGAUGCUGAAAAAAUUGUUUAUUGUUGAUUAAUUUGCAUCCCAAUUAGAUAAUCGAAGAAUUUAGAAAUAAAUAUGUUUUGAUUCA